ACUGGAGGCCCCUGGAGGAGAACCAGAGGAAAAACCACCGAAUUGAGCUCUGUCAGUGGCGCUUACUGCUUCCAAGGGGGAAGUGCUGGGAAAUAAUUAAUGUUUUUAUUAAAUUUGGAGGGAAUUUUUUGCAGCCGAUCGCCUUGCGUUACCUUCAGGCUGAUUGGAGAGCAGAUCCCGAGGAAAUCUUCAGGUCAAAUGCCCAGAAAAUAAAAACACUGAGCUAAGACUUGUGGAAGAGCCGCAGAAUGGAUGGAUUUUAUGACCAGCAAGUGCCUUACAUGGUCACCAACAAUCCGCGUGGGAGAAACUGCAAUGAGAGACCAACAAAUGUCAGGAAAAGAAAAUUCAUUAACAGAGACCUGGCUCAUGAUUCAGAAGAACUCUUUCAAGAUCUGAGCCAAUUACAGGAGACAUGGCUUGCAGAAGCUCAGGUACCUGACAAUGACGAGCAGUUUGUGCCAGACUAUCAGGCUGAAAGUUUGGCUUUUCAUGGUCUCCCAGUGAAAAUCAAGAAAGAACCCCAUAGUCCAUGUUCGGAACUUGGCUCUGCUUGUAGUCAAGAACAGCCAUUCAAGUUCAGUUAUGGGGAAAAGUGCCUGUACAAUGUCAGUGCCUAUGACCAGAAGCCACAAGUUGGAAUGAGGCCCUCUAACCCACCAACGCCAUCCAGCACUCCAGUGUCACCGCUGCACCAUGCAUCCCCAAACUCAGCUCAGACUCCUAAACCCGACCGGGCUUUUCCUACUCACCUCCCUCCAUCCCAGUCCAUUCAAGACAACAGCUUCCCUAUGGAUCACAGAUUUCGCCGCCAGCUCUCCGAACCUUGCAAUUCUUUCCCGCCUUUGCCUGCAAUGUCAAGGGAAGGACGCCCAAUAUACCAACGCCAGAUGUCUGAGCCAAACAUCCCUUUCCCACCUCAAGGUUUUAAGCAGGAGUACCAUGAUCCAGUCUAUGAACACAACGCCAUGGUUGGCAAUGCAGCCAAUCAAAAUUUCCCCCCUCCGCUGAUGAUUAAACAGGAACCUAGAGAUUUUGCAUAUGAUUCAGAAGUGCCUAGUUGCCAUUCCAUUUACAUGAGGCAAGAAGGCUUCCUGGCUCACCCAAACAGAACAGAAGGUUGUAUGUAUGAAAAGGGACCUAGACAGUUUUAUGAUGACACUUGUGUUGUUCCGGAGAAGUUUGAUGGUGACAUCAAACAAGAGCCAGGGAUGUACCGUGAGGGACCCACAUAUCAGCGGCGGGGCUCACUUCAGCUCUGGCAGUUUUUGGUAGCCCUUCUUGAUGACCCAUCGAACUCUCACUUCAUUGCUUGGACUGGCCGAGGCAUGGAAUUCAAACUGAUUGAGCCAGAAGAGGUGGCUCGUCGCUGGGGGAUUCAGAAAAACAGACCAGCUAUGAACUAUGAUAAACUUAGCCGUUCACUUCGCUAUUAUUAUGAGAAGGGAAUCAUGCAAAAGGUUGCCGGAGAGAGAUAUGUCUACAAGUUUGUUUGUGAUCCCGAAGCGCUUUUCUCCAUGGCCUUUCCAGACAACCAGCGCCCCUUGCUGAAGACGGACAUGGAGCGGCACAUCAACGAGGAGGAUACCGUGCCACUGUCCCACUUUGACGAGAGCAUGGUCUACAUGCAGGAGGGUGGCUGCUGUAACACCCACCCCUAUAACGAAGGCUAUGUGUAUUAAUAGCAAUGACAGAAAAGGGGGCAUCCUCCCCUGUGCUUCUCCUCUAUCACAAGAUCCAGAGGAGAGCAGAAUCCACUUCAGUUUGUUUUUUAAAUAGUACACUAAAAGGGGCUUUUCCUGUUGCAUUACUCCUAUGUUCUGCCAUGGACAGCGCACUUUAUUUGAAAGGAGAGGGUUGGAAUCUAAACAUUUAUUCUGUGCAACAGGAGGAAAAGGGUGGGUUUACUUUUUACCUAAGUUUGGGAAGGGAACAUACAGGUUUUAAGUACAAUGAAGCUAUAUCGUCUGUUUUGUUUCAUAUUGGCAUAAGAUAUUGUACAUUUUCUCUGGGUAUCCAUAGUACAGUUAAUUCUUAUUGUGUAAAUUAACUGUUUGGAUAUUAUUAUCAGAGUAACAUGCCUUGGGCAUUUGUCUCUGAUCAUUCCUAAUUGUCUUUCUGCAGUUAUAAAGAGGAUCAAAGUAUAGAUUGCAGGAUUUAAUGUAGAAGCUAGACGUGACACACUGUCCAUCUUUCAUUUACACAUUUGAACAUCUUUUUGUCAUUCUGUUUGCAUUUUAUAUUUUUGUUUUUCCUGCCUUACAGAAGAUGCCCAUUUACUUGGAUGUUAGGCAGAGCACACACCAUUACUGGUGUCCAAGGAGCACAAUUCCUGACUUCACACUGCGAGUUGCAAACUUGAAGCAUAGCAUGUUGAUCUAGUGUCACCUUGCUAUGCAAAUACAGGCCAUCCUAUUAUUUUCGACCUUUCAAAGUCCAGUUGAGAGUAGUAAUUACAUAUGGUGGACUUUUCUCAUGAUCAUGUCAGCAUUAAAUGCAGGAUCAUGAUCAGGGGGAAAACAUUUUCUUUCCUUCCAUUUCCUUUGCAACAUAAAUAAGUUAUUUAAUCAAUAGGAAUUAACUGUACUAAGUCACAUAUCUAAUUAUGCUGUUUAGACACAGCAAGCACUCCUUGAGAAAAAUAUCCAAUACACUAAAUAGGUACUUUAGUAAUUUUUAGACACGGUACCCAAUAAUAUGCAUUUAAACCUUUUACUGCUGUGUUAUGUUGAUAACAUAUAUAAAUACUAGAUAACGCUAAUGCUUCUGCUGCUGUCUUUUUCUGUAAUAUUCUCUUUGAUGCUGAAUUUACUAUGACCAUUUAUAAGCAAUGCUGUAACUACAGAUAGCAUUUCAGGACAAAAUAGAUGACUUGAACCAUUUAUUGCUUAGAAAAUAGCUUACGCCAUAGCUGUGCUAUAAGCAGCUUUUAUGCGCAUCGACAAAUGAAUAGUAAGCUUCAGCUUGCUAAGGGAAGCUCUGCGGAACCUUUUGUAACUUUCGGUGGAACGGAGACUUACGCGAACUGUCAAAGAACACAAUGAAGUCGCUGUAUGACGUUGUAGUGCUGGCACUGAUGUUAUCAACCAACUUGUUUUGGACACUAAAUGUAAAUGUGAUCGGAUAUGUUUGGAAGACAAUUUAAAGUUUUGAGGUUUGUUUUUUGUUUUGUUUUAAAUCAUUUUAUUUUUGAGAGGGGGUAAUCUUGAAAAAGCAAGACACAUUAUUCUACGUGUAAAACAAAAAGAAAAAAAAUAAGUUCUAAAUAUUUAUGAGCACCUUUUCUGAAAUGUAACAUUUCCAAGUUUGAAGAGGGUAAAAAACAGGAUUUGAACAGCCCAGUGAAAUUUAAAAACGCUGUUACUUCACAGGAGUGCCUCACUUUCCAGUUCUGUAACAAAUCUAGGGGAGGAAGGAAAGAUGAACUCAUAAACAUAAAACGACAAUAAUUGCAAUAGAUGUGAUUUCAAAGACACCCCUUGGUGGUGGCUUAAUUUUCCACUCAAUGUCAAUCAAGAAACCAGUAAGCUAUAAAUGAUAUCUUAUGCAAUUCAUUCAAAAUUAAAAAGCAGUGACUACUAGAGACCAAAGGUGCAGAAGAACUCUCUGGGCAUGCAUCUAAUUCACCUAAAUCCCAUAGGGCAACAUAUUUUAUGGGUGUAUAUAUGCCUUAAUAUGCCAUCUUGUUCUGUCAAUAAUUUAUAGGUCUCAAUGGCACUUAAAAUUUCAAUGAUCAACCCAACAAAAUCAAAGCAAGACCACUGAAGCUUUCACCAAGAAGGGGAAAAGUCAGAACUUUGAACAUUGUGGCUUCCAUUGAGAUAAGGUUCGAAGGAAACACGUUUUGAUUAAAAGUCCUUUCAUCCAUUUUGAUUCCAUUAAUGUCAUUGUGGAGCACUUCCUGUCUGGAGCAGGGCAUUGGUGGGAGGGGGUGGGUCAAAAAAAAAAAAAAAAAAGAAGAGGACAUUGCAUCAAAUGUGUAAUAUUUAAAGAGAAUAUAUAUGUAUGUGUGUGUGUGUAUAUAUAUAUACACACAGUGUAUGGUAGUGACUCACUGAACAAAACAAGCAUUCAGCCCAACAUUACAUGAUCUCCCAGCAAAAGAAGAAAGGCUUUCAUUGAACUGAUUAACCCUUUUGAAAUUGUACCUAAAAGGCUUAUUUAAAGUUCUGGUUUUAUUCCAUUUUUUUGUUUUGUUUUCAGGUAGAUUAAUAAAUCUGGCAGCUGAUUUCUGCAA